AUGGAUGUCAUAACAUUCCUUUACAUGCUCCUGCAAAGCCUCAUCCAGUACCUGCUUCCCGUGGGCGAUGUUUUGGAUGAGGAGACACAUUGGCGCAUGGAGCUGCGUGCAAAGCGCUUGGAGAGGAAGAGGAUUCGGCUGGAGUGGGAGGUGGAGCGGCUGGCUCUGAGACAGAGUGGAAGGGCCUGGGGAGACGGGCUCUGGUCAGCCUUGCAGCAAUGGCAGGCCUGGGCUGUUGCUGGGCUUCUCGUCCUUCUCUUGGGACUAUAUUUUUUCUGGAGUAAAAGGACCAAUGAGACAGAGAACAGUAGCGAGGGUGAUGAAGAAGACCGUACCCGUGACAGUGAUCUGAGAUGGAUUCUAGAGCACAUAGAGUGGCCUGUACAGGACCUGCAGGCAGGCUGUGAGUGGACAACUGGCCUCAUGGACAAUUAUACAGUUUAUUUUGGACAUGUCCUAUCAAACAGUUUCUACCCAGUCCUGCAACGAGCCAUCGGGGUGGGCAGUGCCUUUGAAGGUUGGAGUCCCCGUGAGCAGGAUGUUGUGUAUCGUGUGCUCAUACCCAUGACUCCUCCCCGAGGCCACAGCUUCCACCUGGAGCUGGACUCUGCAGGGCAGAGGCACGUGAGGAACUUCCGUGUCCGCGUGCAGCUGGAGUGCACCUGCAUGAGGGAGCAGCAGGGUGAGAACAUGCUCUGCUUCCUGCACCACCCCCAGGAGGAGCUGAGGAGCAAUCAGGAUCCCAGCCUCCUAGACACCCUGUGCACUGACUCCUACCUCGACGUGCACAAAACUGCCCGCUGGUUCUACCAACUGGUGCGAGCAAUCUGGCCAGCUUUGCCUCAGUCACACAAUUGGCAUUUAACGCUGCUGCCCUCCACACGCUCCUGCCAAUUCAAAGUGACCAAUGUAGAAGCAAACUUCAGGAUUGAGAUGCUGUUUGGGGUGCGGAGAUGUGACUCAGACAUCUUUGUGAGCAGCCAGCCAGGAUACGCUGGAACCCCUAGUACUCUGUGGACUGAGACCUAUGAUGUAGCAGAGAUGAAGUUCUUCGAGCUCAUCUCCAGGCAGGCCCCUCCUGACAGCUUGCACCUGAGAUGCCUGCAGCUCUUCACCCGUCUUCAGCUGGGCUUCGGUUUUUCCACCUACGUGGUGAAGACCAUUGUCAUGCACCUCUUGAACACCAUCCCCGUGUCACAAUGGCGCAGGUGGUAUUUUUUGCAGCGCCUGGGGGAUAUCAAUGAGAACCUGCACUGCUGCUUGGAGGAGAAAUGCCUUAACCACUUUGUCAUAGGUAACAAGAGAUUUCCUCAGGAAAUUAGCUUGCCCUUGGAUGUUGCAUCAGCUGAGCCACCCAAUCUCUUCCAUCACCUGGCACAGUAUCCAACUGCCCACUCCCAGGCGAUGAGCGAGUACCAGGACUUUCAGCAUCGGCUCACAAGUGUGCUGCUCAAUGGCCACUGA